CUCCCGCCGAAGAACUGCCUCCUCAGGGCGCAGCGGCUUUGCCACCAGAGCCGGACGACGCAGCGUCAGAGGCGGCAUCGGGCUCCGAGGAGCGCGGCGACGAGAUUGGUUCCGAGCUCGGCGUCAAACAGGAUGAGCUUGAGAGUGCCAAGCGUGAGCUUGAGGAGGAAGAGGCUCCACCGCAGGGCGCGGUAGCCAAGGUUGAGAAUGAGGAGCGCUCGCCCGAGGCGGCAGCGCCGCAGGCGGAGGAGGAGGAGGCAGCUCAGGACGAUCCGCCAGCAGGCGCUCCCCAGGUAGGGGAGUUCGUGGAUGUGCAUGGCAUCGGGCAUAGCAUCGUGCGUUGCAACCGCUGCUGUCGCACGGCAAAGGAGUGCAACUACAGGAUCAGGGCGAAGGGCCAGUCGACUUACCAGUGCGACGCGUGCAACACGAACGGGGUGCGCCUUUCUCGGAGGUUCGGACAGUGGCCGCCAAAGUGUUUCGCCAAAAUGAAGAGUGAGUUCAAGCAGCAGUUCUACAAGGAUCUGGCAGAAGAUCCUGGGCUGUCGAACCUCGAUCGCAUUGAAGCCUUCGUGGUCAGCUCAAUCACUGUCCAACGGAUGGAGGAGGAGCGCGUCCGCAAGGGUGGCAAGUACCUUCCGCUGAGGAAGUGGGCGCACGACGGCUUCGACGCGAAAAAGAUUGAAGAUAAUGUGCAGGAUAAGAGGUGGAACCCUGAUCUCGGGGAGUGGACGUACAGGCCGCAAUUGGAGGCGGCCUGGAGCGAGACAGUGGAGGCCGCAGUGCGCAACGAGCUGUACACCGAUAAGAGGACGCAGGCGAAGCAGAGCGGCCCGCGGGCAGCGGCCUCGACGGGCGUCGCAGAGCACGGCGGCGACAAGGGCGACAGAAGCGACGAGAGCGACAUGUCCAGAUCCAGGAGCCGCUCGCGCGGCGACCGCGACAGGAGCAAGAGCCGCCGCAAGGGCAGGAGCAAGAGCCGCGGCAAGAGCAAGGACAGGAGCAAGAGCAGGGAUAAGGACGCUGAGAAGGAGCGGAGGCGACAGGAAGCGAGGGAGAAGGCCGAGCAGGCCAAGAAGGAGACGCAGGAGAAAAACCUGGCGCUGAAGUGGAUCGGCACCGCAACGAGGCUCGAGACAGAGCUGGACGGGUACCUCGAGCAUGAGAAGGCGGACAAGGUGCCGUCAUGGGCUGUGAAGAACGCGAAGGCGGCGAGGAAGUCUGUGGCAGUCAUGAAGGCGGUGGCGCAGAAGCGCGUGCACAGCGGCGUGGCGUUGACGAUCACGCAGGACGAGGCCAUCAGCAUCCAGAAGGAUGCGAGCUCGGCGGCGAGGGCCAUCGCGGGGAUGCUCAAGGAGGCGCAGAAGCACAGCACCUGA